ACAUAUGUGAUAAUGAGGUCCAAUAUUGUAGUUCAAAUCGAUUGGGUCAAGUGGUUGAUUAUGUUAGAAAACAAGCCGGUAUAACCCCUCCAAAACCAGAGAAAGAUAAUGAGAACAUUGAACUUGAAAAUAAAAAAUUAGAAAAAGAGAGUAAAAAUGAACAAGAGAGAGAAAAAAAGGAAACAAUAUCUAAAGGAAAUCCUCCCAUGAAUUCUACUUCCCAAAUAACCGUGAAAGGACUCAGUAAUUUGGGAAAUACAUGUUUCUUCAAUGCAGUUAUGCAGAAUUUGUCGCAAACACCAGUGCUUAGAGAACUACUAAAAGAAGUGAAAAUGUCUGGAACAAUUGUAAAAAUUGAACCACCUAAUUUGGCACUAACAGAACCCUUAGAAAUAAACCUUGAGCCUCCAGGCCCUCUUACUUUAGCCAUGAACCAGUUUCUUAAUGAGAUGCAAGAGACCAAAAAGGGAAUUGUGACACCUAAAGAACUCUUUUCUCAGGUCUGUAAAAAAGCAGUGCGGUUUAAAGGCUAUCAGCAGCAAGACAGCCAGGAGCUGCUUCGCUAUUUAUUGGAUGGGAUGAGAGCAGAAGAACACCAUAGAGUGAGUAAAGGAAUUCUUAAAGCAUUUGGUAAUUCUACUGAAAAAUUGGAUGAAGAACUAAAAAAUAAAGUUAAAGAUUAUGAAAAGAAAAAAUCAAUACCAAGUUUUGUGGACCGCAUCUUUGGUGGUGAACUAACUAGUACAAUCAUGUGUGAUGAAUGUAGAACUGUCUCCUUGGUUCAUGAAUCUUUCCUUGAUUUGUCUCUCCCUGUUUUAGAUGAUCAGAGUGGUAAGAAAAAUGUAAAUGAUAAAAAUCUGAAAAAGACAAUGGAGGAUGAAGAUAAAGACAGUGAGGAAGAAAAGGAUAAUGACAGUUACAUAAAAGAGAGAAAUGAUAUUCCUUCAGGAACGAGUAAGCACUUGCAGAAGAAAGCAAAGAAGCAAGCCAAAAAGCAAGCCAAGAACCAACGAAGGCAAAAAAAAAUUCAAGGAAAAGUCCUUCAUUUAAAUGAUAUCUGUACCAAUGACCAUCCUGAAGAUAAUGAAUGUGAAGCUGAACUGUCACUUCACGGAGAGGUGGAUGUUAAAUCUAACCACAUUUUACAAGAGGAAGUUACACAUAAAGAAUUUUGUGUUAAUAAGAAAGAUUUGAAUGGCCAAGAAAAAAUGAUAGAAAAUGUAACUGACAAUCAGAAAUCCACAGAGGAAGUAGAUAUGAGGAAUGUCAGCAUGAAUAAUGAUAUGGAGGUUUUGGCAUCUUCUCCCCCUGAAUGUAUUAGGAAUUUAAAUGAUAUCUACCUAAAGGAAGGGAGCAAUGGAGAAGUGGACAUUUCCAGUGGUUUCAAAAACCUUAAUUUGAAUGCCGCCCUUCAACCUGAUGAAAUAAACAUAGAGAUUCUGGAUGGCAGUCAUACUCCUGGAACAAAGGUGUAUGAGGUUGUAAAUGAAGAUCCAGAAACUGCUUUCUGUACUCUUGCAAACAGGGAAGCUUUCAAUACCGAGGAGUGUUCAAUCCAAUAUUGUUUAUAUCAGUUCACCCGUAAUGAGAAACUUCGAGAUACUAAUAAAUUGCUUUGUGAUGUAUGCACAAGGAGACAGUAUAAUGGACCAAAGGCAAACAUAAAAGGUGAAAGGAAGCAUGUUUACACCAAUGCCAAAAAGCAGAUGCUAAUUUCUCUUGCUCCUCCUGUUCUCACACUUCAUUUAAAGAGAUUUCAGCAGGCUGGGUUUAACCUACGCAAAGUUAACAAACACAUAAAGUUUCCAGAAAUCUUAGAUUUGGCUCCUUUUUGUACCCUUAAAUGUAAGAAUGUUGCUGAAGAACAUACAAGGGUACUCUAUUCCUUAUAUGGAGUCGUUGAACAUAGUGGAACUAUGAGGUCAGGGCAUUACACUGCCUAUGCCAAGGCAAGAACUGCAAACAGUCAUCUCUCUAAUCUUGUUCUUCACGGAGAUAUUCCACAAGAUUUUGAAAUGGAAUCAACCAAAGGGCAGUGGUUUCACAUCAGUGAUACACAUGUGCAAGCUGUGCCUACAACUAAAGUACUAAACUCACAAGCGUACCUCCUAUUUUAUGAGAGAAUACUGUAACCAUAUCAAAAAGUCCUUUCACUGGAAACGUUUAUGGCUUUUUUAAUGGCUGUAAUAACAAUAAAAAAGUAGACUAACUAUAAAUCAUGCUCACUUAACAUUAAACACAUGCCAGAAGAAAUCAUGUUUAUUUAUUGAAGGGAAAAAUACCUAAAAAUUUACAAUGAUUUUGUACUAUCAUAGUGGUUUUUAUUGCUGCUUCCAGUUUCUGGAAAGGAAAUUCUGACUUACUUAAGUCCUCUGUGCUUAAUAUGUCUGGGUGGUGGGUCGCAACACAUCAAUAAAGUGACUUACCCCAAAAA